AUGUCUCUUGCCGGCAAAGCUGUCGAGAUCGUCUCGUUCCCUGCGUCUGAGGCGUACCAGAAGGACGUCCAUGAGGUCGACGGCGCCUUGAACGUUCUGCGCACAAAGACGCCCCAUCCCUUCUGGGUCGGUCUGGGUACCAAAGACUCUAAACUCUACGGCUUCAUCCCAUGGAACAAGAUCGAAGACCACCAAGCCUCCGUCGCCUCCCCCGAGUUCGAACUCAUCAAAGCCGGUCUAGCACCGACAUUCGCAGACCUUUCCAACCCCCAGAUCGACGUUGUACACGCGACGUUCACGUCCGAUCCUACGCCCGCGCUCGAGGCGCCUUUGAGCGAGCUGUGGUAUAUCGCGCCUAAAGAAGGCGUCGAGCUUGCCGAAAUUGAAGCGAAGUUGGAUGAGGUGAUUGAGGCGCUGAAGGGUGCUGAGGAGAGCGGCGCGGCUGCGAGGGCUGGUGUUGCGGAGAAGCCCGGGCAGGUCGCGUUGGUUAUCGGAUGGAAGACGGCCGAGGCACACCUCGCGCUGGCUGAGAAGCACGCCGACCUCCGCGCCGGCUUCAAGAGCAAAGUCGAAAUCACCGCUAUCCCCAUCAAGCUCACGAAGAGCGACAUCUGA